AGAGGAGUGGGUCAUGGUGGGCGCUGAAGAGCCGUAAAAGACGAGCAGCCCGCGUCCGCGUCCGUCCUCCCGGGUCUCCAGUCCGCAGGCGGCCGCCGCCUCGGCCCCGCCCUCCCACCUCCAUUCCCGGCCCCGCGGGCCCGAACAGUCCCUCUCGCAACCGAUCUGCUGGCUGGGGCGCAGGGGAUGCGAAUUCCUAGAAGCCUUAAGAGGCUGCCCAGCGUUGGAAGUUCGUAUCCCCGAGAAUGCUGGAGGUUCCGGCUCACACACUCCCUCCGGGCACAGUCAGCUGGGGGGUGCUGGGAGGGAGAACGCCCCGCUCCUCAUCCCCCAUCGCCGUGCACCCUGGAGCCCAGCUCCAUACGUUCGGCCACCCCAGGCGGACUCGGAGGUGACCGGGUAGCAGGUGUUGGCGGGAGGGGACCGGGUAACGGCAGGCCCUAGAGGAGGUCGCUGGGCCGGGCCGGAGGCGCACAGUGGCUGCGUGGCUACCUCGGCGGCACCCGCCCCACCUCCGCCGGCUAAGCCCGGAGGGGGACGGUGAGUCAGAUCUCGGGCACCCGCUGGUCGGGCGGGGAGGGGGAGGCAGGUCAGGAAAUGACAUCAGAGGCCUGUGCUCAGGGAGCAGGGGUCUGAGCCGGGCUGGGGCGGCGGGGGCGGCAGUGAGUGGGGUGGGGGCGGGCGGACCUCGGCGGAGCCUCCGGCCUGAGGCAGGAUCAGGGCCCCUUCCUGGGGGAGUUUCCUGCCUGGUCCGCCCUUCCCCGCUCUCCCCGCCCCCUCUCCGGGCCGCUCCUUGUAUGGUCUGGGCGCCGCUCUCUCCCCGCCCCCUCUCUUCUCCCUCCCUCCUCCUUCCGUGUGUCCCUCCCCGUCCGGCUGGAGGCUGCUCCGGACCGGGACGCAGAGUCCGCGGACCCGGCGCCGAGGCGGCCACCCGAGACGCGGCGCGCACGCUCCGGCCCGCGCAGCCCGGCCCGGCCAUGGCGGCCCCCCGCCCGUCUCCCGCGAUCUCCGUUUCGGUCUCGGCUCCGGCUUUUUACGCCCCGCAGAAGAAGUUCGGCCCUGUGGUGGCCCCAAAGCCCAAAGUGAAUCCCUUCCGGCCCGGGGACAGCGAGCCUCUCCCGGCACCCGGGGCCCAGCGCGCACAGAUGGGCCGGGUGGGCGAGAUUCCCCCGCCGCCCCCGGAAGACUUUCCCCUGCCUCCACCUCCCCUUGCUGGAGAUGGUGACGAUGCGGAGGGCGCUCUGGGAGGUGCCUUCCCGCCGCCCCCUCCCCCGAUCGAGGAAUCAUUUCCCCCCGCGCCUCUGGAGGAGGAGAUCUUCCCUUCCCCACCGCCUCCUCUGGAGGAGGAGGGAGGGCCUGAGGCCCCCGUACCGCCCCCACCACAGCCCAGGGAGAAGGUGAGCAGUAUUGAUUUGGAGAUCGACUCUCUGUCCUCACUGCUGGAUGACAUGACCAAGAAUGAUCCUUUCAAAGCCCGGGUGUCAUCUGGAUAUGUGCCCCCACCAGUGGCCACUCCAUUCAGUUCCAAGUCCAGUACUAAGCCUGCAGCCGGGGGCACAGCACCCCUGCCUCCUUGGAAGUCCCCUUCCAGCUCCCAGCCUCUACCCCAGGUUCCGGCUCCGGCUCCGGCUCCGGCUCAGGCUCAGGCUCAGGCUCAGAGCCAGACACAGUUCCAUGUUCAGCCCCAGCCCCAGCCCAAGCCUCAGGUCCAACUCCAUGUCCAGUCCCAGCCCCAGCCUGUGUCUUUGGCUAACACCCAGCCCCGAGGGCCCCCAGCCUCAUCUCCGGCUCCAGCCCCUAAGUUUUCUCCAGUGACUCCUAAGUUUACUCCUGUGGCUUCCAAGUUCAGUCCUGGAGCCCCAGGUGGAUCCGGGUCACAGCCAAAUCAAAAAUUGGGGGACUCCGAAGCUCUUUCCGCUGGCACAGGCUCUCCUCAGCCUCCCAGCUUCACCUAUGCUCAGCAGAGGGAGAAGCCCCGAGUGCAGGAGAAGCAGCACCCCGUGCCCCCACCGGCUCAGAACCAAAACCAGGUGCGCUCCUCUGGGGCCCCAGGGCCCCUGACUCUGAAGGAGGUGGAAGAGCUGGAGCAGCUGACCCAGCAGCUAAUGCAGGACAUGGAGCAUCCUCAGAGGCAGAACGUGGCCAUCAACGAACUCUGCGGCCGAUGCCAUCAACCCCUGGCCCGGGCGCAGCCAGCCGUCCGUGCUCUGGGGCAGCUGUUCCACAUCGCCUGCUUCACCUGCCACCAGUGUGCGCAGCAGCUCCAGGGCCAGCAGUUCUACAGCCUGGAGGGGGCGCCGUACUGCGAGGGCUGCUACACUGACACCCUGGAGAAGUGCAACACCUGCGGGGAGCCCAUCACCGACCGCAUGCUGAGGGCCACGGGCAAGGCCUAUCACCCGCACUGCUUCACCUGCGUGGUCUGCGCCCGCCCCCUGGAGGGCACCUCCUUCAUUGUGGACCAGGCCAACCGGCCCCACUGUGUCCCCGACUACCACAAGCAGUACGCCCCGAGGUGCUCCGUCUGCUCUGAGCCCAUCAUGCCUGAGCCUGGCCGAGAUGAGACCGUGCGAGUGGUCGCCCUGGACAAGAACUUCCACAUGAAGUGUUACAAGUGUGAGGACUGCGGGAAGCCCCUGUCGAUUGAGGCAGAUGACAAUGGCUGCUUCCCCCUGGAUGGUCAUGUGCUGUGUCGGAAGUGCCACACUGCUAGAGCCCAGACCUGAGUGAGGACAGGCCCUCUUCAGACCGCAGUCCGUGCCCCAUUGUGGACCACCCACACUGAGACCACCUGCCCCACCUCAGUUAUUGUUUUGAUGUCUAGCCCCUCCCAUUCCCAACCCCUCCCUAGCAUCCCAGGUGCCCUGACCCAGGACCCAACAUGGUCUAGGGAUGCAGGGUCCCCGCCCUGGGGUCUAGUCCUCACCCAUCCUGCAGGGAUUGCCCACCGUCUCCAGACACCCCACCUGAGGGGGGCACCAGGUUUAGUGCUGCUGCUUUCACUGCUGCACCCGCGCCCUCGGCCGGCCCCCUGAGCAGCCUUUGUACUCUGCUUGUGGAGGGCUGGGAGACGCCCUGACCCUCUAGGACAUUCCCACCCUCCCCCAUGCUGCCAGGUUGUAGCUAUAGCUACAAAUAAAAAAAACCUUGUUUUCCAGAA